GAGAGUAGAGUUAAAAAAUAUGAUGAAAGGUUGAUGCUGUGUUCAAUGGAGGAACCAAAGCCCCUCGGUUUUCAUCUGUGACUUCACCGACUCGGAGGAGGUGCGAGGGAUGGUUGCCGGCGGUGAAGCAUUGUGAUCGGCGGUGCGGCGAGGUGAGAGGUUGGGGAGGUGAGAGGUGUGAGAGGAGGUUGAUUGGGGCGGUGAUUUUGGGGGAAGAUGAACGGGGGUGAAGUCAAGGAAGUGGAGGCACCGGCGGAGCCGCUGGAGUGGAGGUUCUCUCAGGUGUUCGGGGAGCGGACGGCGGGGGAGGAAGUUCAGGAAGUUGACAUCAUUUCUGCUAUUGAGUUUGACAAAACUGGAGACCAUCUUGCGACUGGUGAUCGUGGGGGACGGGUGGUUUUAUUUGAAAGGACCGACAAGAGGGAUCAUGGUGGCUAUAGGAGAGAUCUUGAGAUGAUGGAUCAUCCUGUUAGAACACAUCCUGAGUUCCGGUAUAAAACAGAGUUUCAAAGUCAUGAACCUGAGUUUGAUUAUCUCAAGAGUUUGGAAAUAGAGGAGAAAAUCAAUAAGAUUAGAUGGUGUCAAACAGCUAACAAUGCAUUGUUUCUUCUCUCCACCAAUGACAAAACCAUCAAGUUUUGGAAGAUCCAGGAAAAGAAGGUCAAGAAAAUUUGCGACAUGAAUAUAGACCCUUCAAGAGCUACAGGAAAUGGCAAUCCUGCUUGUUCAAUUGUCAAACCAUAUGUUACAAAUGGAGGAUGUGCAGACAGAUCUUACGGUUAUUUGAGCAAGGACUUCUCCUUUCCAGCAGGGAGUUUCGCUGCACUCCAUUUUCCCACGGUAGUACACAGCAAUGAAACAAGCCUAUCAGCUAGAUGUCGAAGAAUAUAUGCUCAUGCUCAUGACUAUCAUAUCAAUUCCAUUUCAAACAACAGUGAUGGAGAGACAUUUAUAUCAGCUGAUGAUCUACGCAUAAACCUUUGGAACCUGGAAAUUAGCAAUCAAAGUUUCAAUAUUGUUGAUGUGAAGCCUACUAACAUGGAGGAUCUGACUGAAGUGAUAACAUCCGCUGAAUUCCACCCUACACACUGUAAUAUGUUGGCAUACAGUAGCUCAAAGGGCUCAAUCCGUCUUAUUGAUUUGCGACAAUCGGCUCUCUGUGACGGUCAUGCCAAAUUGUUUGAGGGAAUGGAGGCACCUAAUUCAAAAUCUUUUUUCACAGAGAUAAUUGCUUCAAUUUCAGACAUUAAGUUUGGAAAGGACGGAAGAUACAUACUUAGUCGCGAUUACAUGAAUCUGAAGCUUUGGGACAUCAAUAUGGAUUCAGGUCCUGUUGCAACUUUCCAAGUUCAUGAAUAUUUGAGGCCCAAGUUGUGCGAUUUGUAUGAAAAUGAUUCAAUCUUUGACAAAUUUGAGUGUUGUCUGAGUGGAGAUGGAACUCGAGUUGCAACUGGUUCAUACAGCAAUCUCUUCCGCGUUUUUGGCUGUACUGCAGGAAGCACUGAGGCUACAACUUUGGAAGCCAGCAAAAACCCCAUGAGGAGACAAGCACCUGCCCCUUCAAGGCCGAGAUCUUUGAGCACUUUCGCACGCGUUGGCCGACGAGGACCAGAAAGCCCUGCGGUCGAUGCAAAUGGAAAUGCAUUUGACUUGUCCACAAAGUUGCUCCACUUAGCUUGGCACCCAACUGAGAAUUCCCUCGCCUGUGCCGCUGCAAACAGCCUGUACAUGUAUUUUGCGUAAGUCUGAGAGGCAGUCCCUGUCACUUUUCGAAGUUCUUACAGAAGUCGCUUAGCAUUCCCCACCAACCAACAACAAUGCAUCAGAUGCUCGUCCGAUCUUAGAAACUGUAGCACAUUCCCCAUAACCAGAAGUCCAGAAGCAGCUGUCAUGGAAUCCAAGAGGAAUGAAGUCGUUCGUUGUUCCCGGGCCAGGCAGCUCAUUUUUUUAUUUGUUCCCCCCCUUCUCUUUUAUAAGUACAAAGGUGUAGUUCUAUCUUUAUUCAGCUAAGUUUAGGUCUGGAACAAUUUCGUAGAUCUCCUACAACCAAAAACAAAGGCUAUUAAUUAUAAUAGCCACUAAACUGUGCCUGUUGUAUUACAUUAACCACAUUCACCCCUCUUCUUCCAAUCAGUCUUGUAUGAAUUUUAAAGUUUGAGUGCACAUGAAAUGUCAUCUUGGUUGUUGACGGAAGGGGAAAACCUUUUGUAAGUUUUCCUUUUUUGGUAACUAAGAAGAAAAUUCAAUAA